AUGGUGUUCUUCUUCUCCCUCGUCGCCGUGCUUGCCUUCGCGGCCGUGACGGUUGCGUUCGGCACCAUUAACGACCCAAUCGUGCUCAAACAACACAACGAGCAUGAGAUGAUCACCCGCUUGGCCUUCCAGUGCCCCAGCGACCAGAAAUCCGACGGCAACUGCUUCGAGCCCCGCUCGCUCGACCAACUCGCCGGCUACCACAACAACGUCCUUGGGAUUGCCCUCACUGGCACGGGUACCAAUGGCGCUGUUGGUGCCCCAGACACCUUCGAUCCCUUGCCCGAGGGUCCCGAAGCUCACUGUGACGACGCCGACUUCCUCGACGUCCCUGGGUAUCCCCGGACCCGGGAUGAGGCCAACAGCAAGCUCCAGGCCUGUGUCGACCAUCUCCGGCACCGCUUCCGCCAGGCCGUAGGCGCAGCUAAGCGUAUGCUGGACGAUCGGAACAGGGUGCGUCGGGACAUGGUGCAGCUGUAUGGCGGAGACUGCACUUUUGCGUUUCCGGGGUGGCAGAGUGAUGAUUUUGGUCGAGCCAAGUGCAGCGCGCUGGAAGGGUUUGGGCGAGCAUUGCACGGCAUCCAAGAUUUCUACGCCCAUAGCAACUGGGCCGACGAUGCCGACCCAACACAGCCUAUCAGCGUGGCCAACCCACCGGGACUGGGAAUGGACGGCACCGCUUCAUUCCUUGACUUGCGCGCCAACGGCACCAUUCCGCCGGACGAAAUCCCUCGCAAUCUCACAACCGGCUGCUUCAACUUGCCCGACAUCACCUACGGCGUAGGAGUGUGCCAAGGACGCGUCACCCACGGCGCCCUCAGCAAAGACAAGGGCGUAAUCCACCUUGAUGGCACUUUUGGUCUCGUUGAGCUGGAUCCCCGGUCUCAAGCGGUCUCAACCAACUUUAAGCUCGCUGUACGGGCUGCCGUUCAACACUCGCGCGAGGUGUGGGCCAGCCUCCGGGACGAAAUCCGGCUUCAGUACGGCACCGUCAGCGGAGACCUCAUGAUUUGCUCCCUCAUCCGUGACAAUCCGGUCAAGGACUGCCGUAAUCGCACUAUGGCCGUGGCCCUCGACAACUCGUUGGCGAGCGAAGCCAACGGCGGCAUCGAGAUGGAGAAGUUACUCGCCGAGGAGGUAAACUCUAGGUUGAACACCGAGGGUCUGGACAAGAUUGCUGUUAUCGAAAACAAAGAACCGGCCAUUCUUCGAUAUCCUAUGGGCUCACCAAUAAAUGUGAGCUUUGACCUGUCUCCGCCGUCGGGCCAAGUUUGCAUGGCCAGCGGCCUUGAACUGGGUAUCGCGAAAACUAUCCACGCCCAGCCCGAAACAUACGCCGACCGAGGGGCUAUCGUCCUUCUCACUACUAGUGCUGAGGACCCGGAAUCCAUCGACAGCACACUAGACCAACUCCGGCGCGCCGCAGAAGAGGGCAUACGCGUUCACUAUGCGUGCAUCGACAUGCACACAAACACCGCCGAGGUCAUUCCAGACAAGGCUAAAUGGGCCGGGUGCACUCCUGGCGACUCUCUAGUGUCGCCUGUGCUCAAGACCGCCCUCGCCGGCUUCCUCAGCCCCGACCGACCUACCAAAUCCUUCACCUACCCUCUCUCAGCGGGCGAGAAUCUUGAAUUUACUGUCAGCAGCGUUGCCGCAAACGGGCAAGGCGCAGAAGCCUGCUUCGGCGUAACGCUGUGGCAAAAUUACCCCGACAAGGAGAUCGCCACACACAAGAGAUGUGGCGACUCCUCCCCCCUGUUGCUGCGCUACGAAGCGAAGGAGCCCUUUGACUUGGUCCUCGAGGCCGAGUACGGGGACACGGCGCCCAUGGACGAGCUGCUCCGCCGCGAGGGGAUCCUGUUUGUCCUUGCCGUCGACACCAAUAUGCCAGAGAAGGAUGAGACGACCAUCAGAACGACGACCAGCAUCGUGAGCUCGAGCGCCACUGUCGGUACGGAGGCGUUUUUGUCGAGUGAGACGCUGGAAGUCCUGUCCGGCACCGCGACGGUCGAUAGCAGCACUUCGACGUGGACCGAGUCUUUCCGGGUUACCGAUGACGGGGCCUUCUCGUUUGUUCGGCUGGGGAUCGAACAAUACCCCAUGUGCAGCGUGCCGACUAUCACGGCUACAGCAAUGGUCAGCAAUUUGACCGCGGGUGGUGACGAGGACGCAGCGUGAUGUCGCACGUGAAUAUCGGGUCUUGGACCUGUAAUGUUGAAAAGAAUUUAUGGAAUGAUGAUGAUACCACGCUUAUUCAUGUACAUAGCGGCUUGUUAUAGACUAAAUCGAACAUCUUGGAUGUGCCCAUUUCUAUCG